AUCUUUUAGCUUCUUCAAAACACAUGUGGAAAAAAAAUUAGAAUUAAAUUAUCCAGCACCGGAGCUCACGUCACCGUCGAUCAUAAGCCGUCGCCGUUGUUAUUCCAUCGUCGUCGCUAUGAUCUCCGGCGUUACGAAUUACCUUUCCCAACACCCAUCAAUUGUUGCUUUCCGUUGGAGUCAUACACAAUCAUGGGGUUCAACAUGGUCGUUCCUCGUCACGUCUAUAGCUUUUUACCUUAUCGUCUCCGUCAUGACGCAUCUGUUUUUAUGCCUCCUCGUCCGCCGUGGUAAACCGGUUUCUUUAGGUCCGAUCCCGGCGUUGCAUAGUUUGAUGAUGAGUGUUGUUUCGGCUAUCAUAUUCGCCGGAAUCCUCCUUUCCACCGCCGCAGAAAUAAAAGAAACCAGAUGGUUUUGGCGGAGAACAAAAACCCCAUUUCAAUGGCUUCUUUGUUUCCCACUCGGAACCCGUCCCUCUGGCCGUGUAUUUUUCUGGUCAUAUAUCUUUUACCUUUCUCGGUUCCUCCAUAUGUUCCGUACAAUCUUCUCCAUUUUUAAAACCAGAAAACUCACCUUCUUCCACCUUUUCAACAACUCCAUUUUAACCAUUAUGUCUUUCAUUUGGCUUGAAUUCUCACAAUCGUUUCAAGUAUUGGCUAUUUUAUUCACCACCCUCGUUUACUCCGCCGUGUACGGCUACCGGUUCUGGACGGCGAUCGGGCUGAGAAGUGCUUGUUUCCCUUUUGUCCUUAAUUGUCAAAUUGUGUUAUUAAGCUGCAAUUUGGUGUGUCAUAUUGGAGUUUUAACGUUACAUUUUAUGAAAGGUGGGUGUAAUGGAAUUGGAGCUUGGGUUUUAAACUCUGUUCUAAAUGGGGUUAUUUUGUUAUUGUUUUUGAAAUUUUAUGUUCAGAGCAGAAGGAAAAAAUUUGGCAGAAAUGGUGAAAUUGGGAAAGAUAAAGAUUUGUGAUAAACAGUCUAUCUUUUAGGAUUGGAUUUUUAUUUGUUUUUGAGGAAUUUUGUAAAGAUAAUGGAAAAAUAAGGACUUUAAUCGUA